CUUGCAGCAUAACCCUCGUCUUUUUAAAGGGAUGGCUUGAGCCUGAAUCCAAAUAAAGACCAACUUGUUUCAUCACGACGGCACAACUCGUAGAACGCUGACACACCAGUAUACAUGAAUCAAAAAAUCAAUUAGAAAUAGUAGGCACAAGAACUAGCUGCAGAGGGAGUAGGCCUAGUUGUUGUAGUACGCAAGUAACGCAACCACCAGCGGACAAAAACGAAAAGUGCAGAAGUAGCAGGAGCACUAGGCAAAGAUGCUGCACCCACCGCCCGGCUCGAUCACGCCGGUCUCGUGCCGUCCAAAGAGCGCAUCCUCGGUAUUUGAUCUUCAUCUUUCCGCUUGCAUAAUCUGUAUGACAAACUCCUUUUUUACUGCACAAAAGCAUUGCGCAAUUUGUAAUUUGCCUUUGAUUCGCAAACAAUACAAAACAUCAGGUUGAUCACCUGCAGAAGAUGCGAACGCGGAACACGGCGAAGACAGCAGUGUUGAGCACGUUGCAAGGAGUAUGUCGGAGGAUCUUUUGAGUCAAAUCAAACACAAGUCAGGAGUAUCAGGAUUUAUAUCUGUGCUUCUUACAUGCACCUGGCAGGGAGGUCCGUCUCUUUCUUGACUAGAAUUUUUAUUGCGUCGAAUUAUAUGCAGGUUGUCAUGCGCAGCGACAGGUGGAAGGUGACACUGACAUUACAAUUGGGUUGUACAUCUUGACGGAGAUGUUUAUUGACUGAAAUUUCCAUCACGAUAGCGGAUGCGACAAGACCAAAGGGUGGCGAGCCGAAGCAGGCUGUACGCGAUCAGUGACCGGUACUCGUGAAUUGGUUUUUAUGUCAACAUGCGUUUUCGUUUGUUUGUCAUGCGCAAAUAAUACAAUUCGCCUCUCUGUUUCUCAUGCAUAUUUGCGCAUGCGAAGGAGCAAAUGCAAAAACAAAUAUACAGAUCGCGCGUUGCGCUGCAGAUGGAAGAGCCGGUCAAGCGUGGUUUGGUCCAGCAUUUGCUCAAGGAGAGGUGGCAGGGCAUCGAGCAGCUACCGCUCCGACGGAACAAGAGCAGCACCUUGGUGAAGCAGAACGUCUCGUCCUCUCGUGCGCCGCUGCAGGAGGUGACCAAAACGUCGUCGCGUCUGAACCAGCAGGAUAACAAGCACCAGCUUCCAGCGCCCGUCGCCGUGAAGAACUCGACGAAUCAGCACGCCGUGUUAGCCAUGCAGAAUCUGGGUCGGGACUUGUUAAAUUUGGACAGCUCUUCCUCGAAGGAGACGCAGGACAAGGAAAAUGUGAACACAUCGUCGGUCGCGAAGAAAAACCCUGCAGCCGCAACUUCCUCUUCCAACAACAACAACUCCAUCACGUCGCUCGUCCGUCCAGCGUCUGCUUACCCAACGACCACUGUAAGUGGAAGCAAGCAGGAACAAACUGGUGCCGAGCAGCCGACCACGACCCGGUGGGCUUCUUCCUCCUCGCUUGGAAAAAUGAACAAGAACGACUCCUCCGCAUUGUCGCGGGCAAACAAGGGAUUGGGCCCCCGACCGACGAGCAGUGGCCCGAAACUCCGCGGCGGGAAGAAGAUCGAGGGUUUAGCGGGCGACCACCCCUCGGACUACCAUCGACACGUCGCGAAGAAGAAGGAGGGCGGUAUUCCGAUCGUGCCGGAACCCGGAGACCCCGACGCGGACGUGUUCUUCGAUAUCAAAUGCAAAAAUGUCUGGGUCUGGAACAAAGUCACUUGUCAUGGUAAAUCUGAAUCAUGUAAAAAUCUGUGUUGCAUGAUUACCAAAAGCUGUCCACUUUUGACCUAAUCGCGAGGCAGUUUCUCAUGUGGAUAGGCAUGAUAGAACUCCAACUCUCACAGACUCUGUCAUGCUAUGUCCUACAUACCAGCCUUCAUGGGUCAUGGAAAACCUGCAUGACAAGUCUGGCAUUUCGAUGUCCGUCUGACCCACCUUCCCUGCGUGACAGCCAUCUGCGGCUGUUUGCACAGGGGGAGGCAAAGUGUGUCGCACUUCGGUUUAGCAUGACAAGUCUGGCAUUCUUCCAGACCCAGACAUUUUUGCAUUUGAUAUUCGAGGAGAGCGAGCAAUACCGCAAAGAGGACCUGAUGAAGGAGUAUGUCAAGCGCAAGAUGGACGGUAGUACUAGAGGUUGUUUUGCUUCAACAUGUUUUACCAUGUAUAAAAAUUGACUUGUGAGUACUACGCAUAAUCCAAAAAUAUAUAAAAGAUUUGCGUUUCAUCAUCUGCUCUCCUGUAUGUAGGAGAAUUACAGUCUUGUUCCACGACCUUUCUCGCUAUUAAGCUGAUGCUGCGUAUAGUUGUACUAGAAAGAAACGUCACAGGCUCCACCCGCCCGCGCUCUGCCAGUGCAAGCCGAAUCAAGACGCAACUGCGUGAAGCCAUCGACGACGACGAAAUCACGAGUCUGUUCUGCGAGAAGACCGGGAACGUCAUCGGCGCUGCGAAAAAGUACAAAGCGACGAAGGCCGCGCGACCAAAAACGGCGAACGCCAGGACGAACACGGCGACGGCCGCAGACCCUGAUGACCCGCUGCGAGUGACACACACCUGGUAGAAAUAAACCGAUUUGUCAUGCAGAAACGGGAUGUCCUCAGCCUCACAAAUAUUUUUGCUUGUCAUGCAUGACAAAAUCAUUUUUAGAUAUAAAACCCUUCAUUUCCAGGUUGGCCCCCGGCGAACUGCCCGUCCACCCAGCGACGCUGCUCCGGCAGAAGUUCCUCCAACGAAGCCAAAGUGCGGGCGCGUUGCGGUCAAGACCAGUCAGCGCGUGGGGCCCCGGACCGGACAAGGCCAACGCACUGGAACCGAUUAUCGACAAGCGGCUGGACAUUCCCAACCUGGUCUUCGAAGCGCUGCUAGAACCGGGUAUAAUCAUUUAAUUGUUUUCAUGAUUUGAAGAUGGUUUUUUUGCAAUCGAUUUUCUGCAUGACAAACACAAAGCGUAAUAAACACCCUAUGGCGUUUUGCAUCACAAACGUUCCGCCCAUCGAAGGUACCAAAUUCCGGAAGAUGUUCGAGCGUGGAGACCUCCCGAUCGCGAUUUAUGGAUGGCAAAAGUAUUGUAUUUAGUAUGAUUUGCAUGACAAACUUUGUCAGAACCAAAAACAGUAUAUUUGUCAUGCAGUUUUGGGAAAGAGCGCAGAUCUGUCAUGCAAUAUCGCAAUUAGUACCGGAGUGCGAUACUUUUGCCCAGGAUCCGAUCAAGCACGGUUCGAAAAUGACGCUGGAGUGGCGGGUGCCCGUGGAAUCGGUGAACACAAGGAUUUUCCUGCCGAUUUUCGUGGAUGGCAUCCGCGAAAGAAAAUUCCCGUUUAACUACGUUAGCUUCGAAGGUAUUUUUCAUUUCUUCUACUGGUGUUUGUGAUGUUGGGUACACGACGAGGUGAUUCCAUGAGUUUUAGUUAUACUUUCCUUUUCACUCGAUACUUCUAACGUUUGUGUCGUGUCGUGCAUGCAUGACAGAUGAAGUAUUUUCCAUUGCGUCUUCAGCAUCAGUAUGACUUCUGACCGCUCAACACCAGGUACGAUGAGCAUGAUACGCACUUUGAACGAGGACCGGCUUUUACGGGGGGGAGAAAUCAAACACCUGCAUCUACAGUGGUCUGUCAUGAUCAUUGAUUUUAUUCUUUGAUGCUGGUGGUGUCAUGAUAACACCACCAGCAGGCAUGAGCCUCCACAGGCUUGAUGACACUGUCAUCAUGAAGAUGAACGUAAUCAGAUGAAUAGAAUGUGUUCUGCAGUCCUGCUCCUGUCAUGCGUUCGGUAGGUUUUGACCAGUUGAAUUUGAAGCGCGCGACCAGCAGGUAUUUCUAGAUAAGGAUAUCAAAGACAAACUACAUAGUACGCAGAUGCAGGAGUUUUAUUCCGCCCCAUAUUCCGCCGCGGCGCUGCCGGAAGUGAUGCAGAGCAUUCAUCGCAAUAUGUUGGAAAAGGACAGGAACGUGAUCUGCAAGUGCAUCAAGGUCCUGCGUGAGCUCGUGCCGAGGGGACCCACUCUGGGCGAAGCCCUGGUACUUAAUACGUUAUCUUUUGAUAGAAGUUGAAGCUCUUCUUCUUCCGGAGAUGCACCAGUCAUUAGGCCGAUUUCUCUACAACUACACGCGUUUCUUGUUCGAAAGUGAUUUAUCUUGUACAUGAGUACAGAGCAGCUGCCAUCGAAAUUUGUCAUGCCAUCAAAGCUAAAAAACGUAUCGCCACAGAUUCCGCACUACAAGCUGUUCCUGCCGAUUUUGAACCUGUUUGUGUGCGAGUGGCGUAACCUCGGUGACGAAAUGGAUUUUGCCCAACGCCAUGAGGACGGACGCAACAUCGCGAUCAUGUCCCAGGAAUUGCUGCAAUUGGUAUCGACAGAAGCAAUUUUGGGUCACGACAGCUUAUUUUUGUCAUGCCUCACGGUGAUGGUCACGAAUAAAGUCGUAAGUCUUUCUUGAAGAUGUCUUCGUGAUAGAAAAAUAUUUAGAGCGGGGUAACAACUAAACCAACUAACUCGGGAUUCUAGGUGCGAAAAUUUUUCUAUAUAGCGACGCCGGAGCCGUAGCCGGCGACUUCGGUCAGAGGUGUGCUCUGAAAACGUCCUGGCAACAUAUGCAAAUCGUGCGGCUUUGUGCAUGAUUUUUGUGCUUUCGUUCACAAACUCGCUUCAGUCGGAAAGCGUGGAAAAUUGUUGCGCUUCAUAAAUGUUAGCUUCACGGCAGGGAAUAUUUCGCCAUGACAAAACAGGCACCGCCUGCGUUGCAAAGAAAGCGAAAACGUUGCCCCACCGAUUUUCAAAAAAGACCCCAAGAGCACAAAUAGCAUGCACAAGAGCACAAAUCCGCAUAGGGGAUUCCGGCUGUCGCCGACUGUGCGAUCGUCGGCCCUUGCCCACACGAGUUGCCUGCUAGCUAGUGGUCGCCACGAGCUACCCCUACCUGGCUAGGGAGCUCGUGCGCGGCGACCCGUCUCGGCCGCCCGAAAAAUUUUCGCACUUACAAUCCCGAGUUAGUUGGUUUAGCUGUUACCCCGCUCUAUAUGCAUGACAAAAGUUCGCUACUUAUCGUGACUCGAGAUUUCAGUUCGAUACCCGAUGGAACGCGCGGCACCCGAAACGGCGUUCUACAACAUCAAGUACAGCAUCCCCACCUACGAAUCGUGCCUGCAGUAGAGUGGAAGGAAUGGAACAUGAGUGACAUAUUCCAUCCUACGGCUUCCUCAUCUUCUGCAGCGACUACAAAUAUGCUUAUGCAGCCGGGGGUAGAUCAAAACGAAAUUUAAAUCAAGAACCUACGCUAGUGAUAGCUUCAGUCUACUACAGAUUGCAGAGUAUGAAAAUGAUAUUCGAUAUAAACUACUUAAUUGCAUAGCUGUACAACGCGUUUGGUUGAUAAAAAUCGCUUAUCAGCCGCAUGUGCUAUCGCAAAUCGAACUCAGUUUUACAUUAACCGCUUCUGUGCAAAAAUAUCCUGAGUAAAGCUGCAGAUCAUGCGGCUUUGCGCAAAAGCAAACUUCUACCAGACAAAAAUUAACCAGAUUCCGUCCAGAAACAAAAAUACCACGUCAGCAGACUGUUUACGUUUACGUUAACCUCGUUAAAGUAGCACCUUAAUUAUUGUUUCACAAAGGAAAAAAAUCACCUAGCUUUAUUUAUCGUUGGAAGGAAAAAUCAAAACGUACUUCUAUUUAUCUUCGGAUAUUAUUGUUUCGUCUACUUGUUUCCCAGUUUCUCUAUCUGAAAAAUGAACUUGUACCUUACAAGAACCUGUAAAACUGUUGCUCCCUUUUCACCCUCUUGUACAGAAAAGCGUUUCGAACUACACUACUCAACAACGAACAGCUGCUGUGUAUGUACUUCCAUGCAGCUUCCAACAAAAUUAUUGUUUCGAUUUCAUCAACUCGUGAUCCAAUUGCAAUUUGGAACAAUCUACAGAAGUGCUUUAAAAAUGAACCUGUAUCUGUUAUAAAAACCAGCAACGAAAUAUAGAGACGAACCGUAUUGAGGUCUGCCCUCCUGUAUUCGGAUUGUUUCUCGUGUGCAUGAAUGAAAAUCUAUACUGUGCCUAAUUGGCGGUCGACGCUCGAUGUUUCGCACUCUCAGAAGUGAAUAAAAGAAGGUAGCUUUGAUAUUCGUGGCAUUUCCUUCUUCAGAUGCGAAAUGCUACGAGGUUCUCUGCAGACCGCUUUCGGAUGUGAACUUUACGCAAGUUGAUCUAAAGAACCUGUCGUGCUUUCUUGAUUAAAAAGCGCUGUGUUAUUUCUUCUAAACAU